AUGAGUCAGCCUUCUGUCGAUACCCUCGGCCCUCUCUCAACCGUGAACGUCAGAUUCAUCGUGGACAAGGACGAAGAACGCUCGGAGGUGAAGGUGCAGGAGGGUCCCGAAGGGUUCCCGUUCCUGUACGGCGAGGAAUACAUCUUCAAGUACAGCUUCAAGCCUAUUGAGGACAUGAAAGUCGCCACCCGCUUUACCCACCUCGGCCAGCUCAAGGGCUCGGCGGGUGGCUACAUGAUCAAGGGCGACCCGAUCUACUCCCUCACCGCCAACAAGCACGGGCUGCACGUUCGCUUCAGCAACUUGGAGACCAUCGAAGACUACCAUGACGGCUUGGACAUGCCGCUGGAUUGGGAUGCCGUCACGGGGGAGUGGGUGCACGUGGAGAUCAUCACCACCUUCGGGAAGUCCAUGGUGGUGAACAUCUCAGGAGCCGUCAGCGGAACGGCUGUCUGGCCGAGUGACCUCAAGCCCGUGGCCUGGCACCGCGACUCCGAAAUGGUCCGGAUGAAGCUGGGUCUCUACCAUUCCAUUCACAAUGUUCAUGACCAGGAGGUCAUCUACCAGGACAUCUCGAUCGAGGGACCGAACGGGAUCAUCCGGACGAGCCCUCCCUCGGACAUCCACAUCCACUCGUGCAGCACCUUUGGCAGUUGCUCAGUGUCAGGCACCACGUGCCCGCCCUCCAGCGGCAGUACGAUCGACUGGAACUGCAUGUUCGGCGUCGGCUCCCUGGCGGAGGUCGAGGCUCGGGGAGGGAAGCUGGUGUCGUGUCCUUCCGGCACGGACGCUGAGCCUUGUUCGAGGUUCAUCGUUCCCAAGGAGAAAGAGCGCGCAGAAGUCUUGGCGCAGAAGGGCGUCGGGGGUUUCCAGUUCGCGAAGGGAAGGAACGGUUGGCCAUCGGUGAUGGGUCUUGUGCCGAAAAAUGUCCCGUCCUCUCGAGGACGCGUGGUCAAUGGUCUAACCGCUAAGGCAUGCAUAACAAAACGAGUACGCCCCCCCGGUUUCCUGCCACACCCUAAAGGCGAGACGUACAUCUUCAAGUACAGCUUUAGGGCGAAGGACGGCAUGAAGGUCUCCGGCUCCUCCACCCGGUUGGGUCAGAUGAAGGGCGUUUCGGGCGGCUUCCAGCUCAAGGGAAACCCCCUGUUCUCCGUCACGGCCAACAACAACGGGAUCAACGUCCGCUUCAACAACGAAGACGACGACAACGUCGAGGGUAUGGACGAGUUCCUGAGCUGGGAGGACGCCACAGGAGAGUGGGUUCACGUCGAAAUCCAGACGACCUUCGGGAAGUCCAUGGAGGUCUACUUCUCGGGCGCGGUGAAGGGUAAGGCGGUGUGGCCUUCCAGCUACAAGCCCGUCGCCUGGAGCGACGACGCCGACACGAUAAUGUUCAAGCUCGGCCUCUACCACAUCAAGAACAAGGUCGCCGACGGGGAAGUGGAGUACAAGAACAUCUCCAUCCAGGGUCCCAACGGACUGCUCAGGACAAGCUCCGUCGGCGACAUCAACCACGGCCCCCCCCAGGGCAUCACGUCCCUCGGGUGUGCGAAGGACGCCCGUCACGACCGCCUGCUGGACAACAUCUACCGCUUCGAAGACUUGACGCCCGAGUGCUGGUGCGGCACCGGUGCUGGCGAGGACGUCGAGGACAUGUUCCGUCACGGCUCGGCCACCUGCAACAUGGCGUGCUCCGGAGACAAGGACAAGACCUGCGGAGGUCCGUGGGCCAUGUCUCUGUACCAGCACGGCAGCGCCAGCCCCGUCGACAUCCCGGAGGGAACCAGGUACCUCGGCUGCUUCAAGGACAACCGGUUCAACCGGGCGCUGUCCAAGAAGCAGACGUCGAGCAACGACUUGACGCUUGAGGGACGUCACGUUGUUGUGCGAAACGACGCCGAGCGAUAA